AUGAUGUGUCUUUCGAAAGAUUUUCAAAAAAAAUUCUUCAAUUUAUUCGAUUUGGAUGGAAAUGGUUAUUUGGUACAAGAUCGUUGGAUUGAACAUUUAAAAGGACGUUUAACCGAUGACAGACAAAUGGACUAUGCCGAACAGUUGGAAUCGGUGGCGUAUGUGCUUUGUGGUGAAAAUAGUAAAAUUACAUUUAAAAACUUUAAGGAUAUAUGGCAUACUCGAGGGAUUUUAGAUAAACUUUAUCGUCUCAUAGAUGCUGAUGGCACAAAUUCCAUUUCCACAAAUCAAAUCAUGGAAUUUAUAUCACAUUUAACAAAUUUAAGAGCACGCACUGGAUUUGAUAAAAGUUCUUUGGCACGUUUGGAGCAACUAUUUCGCAAUACUGUGGGCAAUGAAAAGGAGAUACGUCGUGAAGAAUUCAAAAAAAUUGUUAUCUCAAAAAAUCCAUUUUUCACCGAGCGUGUUUUUCAAAUCUUCGAUAAGGAUAAUUCGGGUUCUAUAUCACUGCAGGAAUUUAUUGAUGCCAUUAAUCAAUUCUCAGGACAAUCGGCUGAUGAUAAAAUACGUUUUCUUUUUAAGGUUUACGAUAUUGAUGGUGAUGGUCUGAUUCAGCACAAGGAAUUACAUGAUGUCAUACGUGCUUGUAUGGAAGAGAACGGCAUGGAAUUCUCUGAAGAUCAAAUAGAAGAUCUCACCACUGCCAUGUUCGAAGAUGCUGAUCCUCAUAAUCGUGGAGAAAUUACCUAUGAGGCCCUUAAAAAUCAAUUACACAAACAUGGUGGUCUAUUGGAGAAUUUAAGUAUAACCAUUGAUCGCUGGUUGGUGCCCAUGGCUCAGGAAACUCCUGUCAAUAAUAACAAAGUAUCUUUUUGGCAACGUAUACCCAUACCGCAUCAAUUGACGCCAGCAUAUAUGAAAAAUAAUCAUGUUUUUGUUACGUAUCUAUUCAUCUAUAUAGCGGUCAAUGUAUGUCUAUUUGUAUCGAGAGCUAUACAAUAUAGAGCAAGUAAUAUAUUUGUUAUAUUUGCUAGAGCAUGUGGUCAAUGUUUAAACUUUAAUUGUGCCUGGAUUUUAGUGCUAAUGCUGCGACAUUCUCUCACCUAUUUACGUUCUCGUGGCCUCUCCACCUAUUUGCCGGUGGAUAAUCAUAUAUAUCUGCAUAAAUUAACGGGUAUUGUGGUAUCGGUUUUAAGUUUAGUACACACCAUUAUGCAUCUUUUUAACUUUUCGCUGGUGGUGGUAAAUGAUCCCUUAAUUAAUAAGGCCAAUUAUACAAUUGCUGAAUGGCUGUUAACCGAUAGACCGGGUCUGUUUGGCUUAGUACCGGGAUGUGCCAAUCCUACCGGAAUAGCUCUAUUCAUUAUACUUCUUAUAAUGUUUAUAUGUUCACAACCGUUUGUUAGACGUAAAGGUUCUUUUGAGGUUUUCUAUUGGACCCAUUUGUUGUAUAUACCAUUUUGGAUAUUGGUCUUGUUUCAUGGACCGAAUUUUUGGAAAUGGUUUUUUAUACCGGGCAUUGUGUAUAUAAUCGAAAGAAUUUUACGUUAUGUUUGGAUGAGAGGAGAUCAUGGUAAAACUUAUAUUAGUUCGGGUCUAUUGUUGCCCUCCAAGGUUAUCCACUUGGUGAUAAAAAGACCCUAUAACUUUAAUUUUCGUCCGGGGGACUAUGUUUUCGUUAAUAUACCAGCUAUAGCCAAUUAUGAAUGGCAUCCGUUUACUAUAAGUUCUGCUCCAGAGCAGGAGGAUUAUAUGUGGUUACAUAUACGCACAGUGGGCGAAUGGACCAAUCGUUUAUAUCAAUAUUUUGAAAAGGAACAACAAAAGCUACACAAUGGUGAUAUUAUAGCCCACAAACAAGCCAUACCCACCUCAAGUCUAUUGCAAAUCAAUGAGGCCAACAAUAAAAAACCUUCUGCCACUCCCCAAACCGAUUUCUUAGCUCAAAAUCUAGCCAAAAUGCAGCAUAGCUCCAGUUUUGAUUCGUCUAUGGUAACGAAAACUUUGCAACAAUUACAAACUACUGGACCCAGCCGACCACCAAGACACAACUUUUCUCCGCCACGUCUGGCCACCGAAAGUGUAAGUGCUAGAGAUACCCCGGAUAGCAAUGGCAUCAAUCGUAUACGCAGUAUUAAAAAGUCCUUACAGAGGACAUUUUCUCGCAAGGAAAGUGGUGAAGAGAAAAGCAAACAGAAACGUCAUUCGGGACAUUCAAAUGAUGGUUAUGUAUCGGAUGAAUAUGAUUUGGAGGGAAGGCUGGAACAGGGACAACGUCAAAAGUUAAAGAAGUUAAUGUUAAAUAAACCGCCUUUAGAGAAAAGUGCUUCCUUGCCCGAUAUGGCAGUCAAGACCAAGAAAAGAGAAAGACAAAAAGCACUAUAUGCCUUGGGACGUUCAGAAUCUGAACAUUCUUUCGAUGAAACUCGUAUAAGAAGAGCAAAAAUGCAAAAUAUGGGUUCGGCCUAUUUAAGUCCACAAAAUAAAUCGUUGGCACAAAGUUUCCGUUAUAUGCGCAAUAAGCCCACUAUAAUUGCUUUUAAAACGCCCAGCAUGGAAGAAAAUGAACCAGAAUUUGUGCAAAAUGAAACAAAUGGAAGAAACACUGAAGCUAAUACACUAAAGGAAGCCGAAGAAGGAACUAUAGUAAAAGAACAAAGCAUCAUUAAUAUCAAUGGCAAAGAGGAUAAAACUGAAUUUACUGUAUCGAAACCUUUGGAGGAUAAUACGCAUACAACAGCUAAUGUAAACAAUCGUGUGGGACGCUUGAGACGUCCCACAUUUUUGCGUUCAUUAUCGACCUCUAUUAAAAAUCGGGGCAGUAAUGGCAGCAUGCCCACAAAUGGCACAACUAACUCUGGUGGCAAGGUUACACUUGAUGCAGGAGUAUUAGAGAUCUUUAUUGAUGGUCCCUAUGGUGCCCCCUCUUCACAUAUAUUCAUGGCUCAACAUGCUGUUCUAAUAGGUACUGGCAUAGGUGUUACGCCCUUUGCUUCGAUUUUACAAUCGAUAAUGCAUCGCUAUUGGAAGGCUCGUCACACCUGUCCCAAUUGUAAUUUCGAAUGGGCUAGUGAUAUACCGAAAACAGUUAUGAAUCUACGUAAAGUUGAUUUCUUUUGGAUAAAUCGGGAUCAACGUUCAUUUGAAUGGUUUGUAAAUUUACUCUCACAAUUGGAAAUUGAACAAGCCGAAUUGGGUGGCGCUAUGGAAAGAUUUUUAGAUAUGCAUAUGUAUAUAACAAGUGCUUUACAGCGUACCGAUAUGAAAGCAGUUGGUCUACAAUUGGCUUUGGAUUUACUACACGAAAAGGGCAAGCGGGAUUUAAUUACUGGCUUAAAAACACGCACCAAUGCCGGCCGACCAAAUUGGGAUAAAGUAUUUAAACAGCUGCAGGCUCAGAAAAAGGGCAAAGUAACAGUAUUCUAUUGUGGUCCACCACAAUUGGCUAAAACUUUACGCUAUAAAUGCGAUGAAUAUGGUUUUGCAUUCCGCAAAGAAUGUUUUUAAAGAAAAUAAUUUAUGAAAAUAUAUAAUAAAGAAAUUAAUUUGGCAAAAUAUUGAGGUAAAAGGGCGAAAUUAUUUUUGAAAAUAUGUUGAUAAGUUAAGUUUUAAGUUUAUGAUUCUUUAAGUUUUUCAAGUGUAUAAUUUAUUAAAUUUCUAUUUAUAUUGUAUUUUAGAUAAUAAUUGUUGAAUUUUGUU